ACAGAAGCCGACAAAGUCAGCCGGUUGGAAAAAGUGAUUACAAAUUUGCAGAGUCAAUUGGAAAUUGCUACAACCCAAAUCAAAAUUAAAGAUGACGAUCUAAUUACUUCAACACAAAAUAUUAAUGACUUACAGGGAGAACUGGAUACGGCUAAAAGUGAAAUUAAAAUUAGGGAGGACCUAUUAAAUUUAAAAAAUAAAGAAAUUAUGGAAAACAAUGAAAGAGUGAAAGUCGAAGUCAGCCGGUUGGAAGAAAUGAUUACAAAUUUGCAGAGUCAAUUAGAAAUUGCUACAAGCCAAAUCAAAAUUAAAGAUGACGAACUAAUUACUUCAACACAAAAUAUUACUGACUUACAGGGAGAACUGGAUAGGGCUAAAAGUGAAAUUGCAAUUAGGGAGGACAUAUUAAUUUUAAAAAAUAAAGAAAUUAUGGAAAACAAUGAAAGAGGAAACUCUUUGACAACAAAUAUUGAAGAGCUGCAGAAUGAAAUAAGUAACAUAGGCAAGGAAAAAAAUUAUAAGGAUGAAGAAAUUAGUAAACUAAAUGAAUUGCUCAAAGAUAAGGAUUACAAAGAAAGUCUUAUGACAAAAACUAUUGAGGACCUUCGCCGUAACUUACAUAAUGCUUCAGGAGAAAUCGAAAUAUCUAAAGACAAAAUAGUUUCACAAAAUAGCGAAAUCGAAAGGCUCAAAACUUUAACAGAAGCCCUUGAAUCGAACGAUAACGAAAUAAGAGACCAGUCAAGUUUCGAUUUGGGAAAUAUACAUAAUAAAGGACUAUUGGCGUGUAUUUACGAAAUGAAAUUGCCCAGAAUCUACACAUUUAAAGACCUCUGCAAAGCAAGUGGUUGGACGACCAUUCAAAGGCGAAUGGACGGCUCGGAAAAUUUUGAUCGGCCCUGGAAGGACUACAAGGACGGGUUUGGAAAUAUAGACGGCGAAUUUUUCAUCGGACUAGAUAAAAUUCACUCAAUGACUCAGGGACGUCGACAUGAACUCUCUAUUACACUUGGAGAUGCUACUACUGGACGCAUCGGCUACGCACAUUACGAUGAUUUCCUCAUUGGCAGCGAAUAUGAACUGUACGAGCUGAUAUCGUUGGGGAACUAUACGGGUUCAGUCGGAGACGUCCUGAGAUCUGAUGAGAAACAAAAGUUCACUACUUAUGACUGGCAGCAUGACAACUAUAAAAUCAAUUGUGCCUUCAACGGAAACGGUGGUUGGUGGUACAAUGACUGUGGCUAUUGCACGCUCAAUGGAAAUUAUUUUAAGGAUGGUAUCGUUACAGAUGCAUCUAAAAAUGGAAUUCAUUGGACUUCCUGGGAUGGCAAUAAAAAGGUCUCGUUAACUUAUGUUGAAAUAAUGAUUAGGCCUGUGUAAAUGAAACCCAUAAUGUUUUUCAUAUAAUAUAAACAUAAUUUGCAA